CGGACCGUCGAUUCCAAAUUUCGACGGUUUCGAUCCUUUUUUCCGAAAGAGGACACGGUUUAUUUAUUAUUAGCACGCAUAGUCGCAUGACUCUUGGAAAUGCUGCAGUGCUGCUGCAUAUUGCUGUCAUCCGUGAAUCACUUUACCGGUGGACUUAGUUUCAAAGUACUAUGAUGGUGUAGCAGCCCAUAGAAACUCUGUUACUCUUUAACAAUUGAGCGCCAGUGGCAGCAUACACAACCUUCCUGGAAAUGGAUCUAAAUGCUUGGUUUGCAGGAAAUCCAAAUCUCCCUCCCGCCCUUCUCGGCAGCUGCUUACUUGCAUUGUUGGCUGCGUUGUUGUUUGCUGUCAGCUUGCGCUCCUCGAGAGCUGAAAAGGGGGAGAUAAGAACGCUGCAAUGGUACAAAACUGGUUUUCCACUUUUGGGGCCCCCUGCGGAAUUUCAAAAAGCUCCUGAAGAGCUCCUUCUAAAAGCGCGGAAGCAGCUGGGGAAUGUGUUUGGGUUGAACCUGCUGGCAAAGCGCUUCGUCUUUGUCCUUGGGCCAGAUGCGCACAGGUGGUUCUUCAACGCCGACGACGGCACAUCAGCCAGCGAGCUCAGCUUUGAAAAAGCAAUUGAGGCCCUGACGCGCCACCUCUUCGGGGCCGGCUUGUACAGAUUCACCGCCUGGAACGAAAAAGCAAGGAAGCUGAUCAUCACCGGACUGGCGUCGGCACCCAGAUUAGCGUACUACACGACCGUUAUCCAAAGCCACGUGGAGCGCUCGCUAGCUGGGUGGGCGCAAAAGGGCACUCUGGACCUAUUCCGAGAGUGCUCCCGCGUCACGAUGGGCAUGAUGAUUGCAUGCUUACUUGGGGAUGACGUCAACGAGCGCUUCCCCGAGUUAGCGGACUUGUACUAUGAGUACGAGCGCAUGGCGGCACUGCCGGCGGUCGCGCAGUUCCUGUGGUUUCCGAGCGCUGUGGCGAGGCGGUUCAAGAGGAUCAAGGGGCGUAUCGUCGAAAUCUUGGAGACUGUGAUCCGGGAACGGUACGCCGACCUAGAAGGCCACAGCGGGCGGCAAGACUACUUGCAGUUCGUGCUCAACGAUACCCCGGGUUUCCCCGAAGCGAUGAGCCUGCACUUCCUGACCAUCUUGUUUGCGGCACACAUCAACACAGUCUCCACAAUGGCGUGGACCAUCGCACACAUCGCCUCCGACGAGGCCCUCCAGCGAGCCGUCCGCUCGGAGGUGCGCUCGGAGGGGGAUCCCUUCCGGGCGGCCGCGAGAGCGCCUGAGCUGGCAGCUGCCGGGAUCGCAAUUGCCGCCAAUAAGGGCGAACUGCCUUUGUUGGACAAGUGCAUGCGGGAAACGCACCGGCUGUAUGGGGCCCUCUUUUUCGUAAGAGAGGUCCAAAGGCCCACGUCCUUCGACGGCAUCCCCCUCCCCAAAGGGACCACCGUCGCUUUCAGCCCCUUCGUUAUGCACCGGGACGAGAGCGUCUACGAAAAGGCGUCCACUUUUAACCCGCACCGGUUUAGUAAACCCGCUCUCGAGGAGCUAACCACCAAACGGCAGUACGUUCCGUUUGGGUCGGGCCGGCACGCGUGUCAGGGGCAGCGGUUGGUUACGAUAGUGCUUCGCUUAGUCUGGACGACUUUGUUCAGGGAGUACGACGUGAGUGUUGAAAUUAAUGAGUUGCCGGCGCCGGAAUAUGCCGGUGCGCUCGGGAUUCCGCAACCCAAGUCCCCGGUGUUUGCGCGCGUGAGGAGGAGAGAAGGGGCAUAAUGGUUAAUUUAAUGCAGCGAGGGCCAUGCCGACUGUUGACCAAAAUGUACAGAGACUGGACAGUGGGAUUCACUCAUACGACAGUAGCUAAGAUAUGGUGUGAUUGUAUGGAUCACCGCCCGUCGGCUAAGUUGACUGCAGCCUAGCAGGAUUGUACGUAUAGAGAUUGGACACAUAAGAUUCUUCAAUGAUUUCAAUACGAAUGCUAGGACCGGAGAGAAGCGCCGAAACCGUUCUACUUCACUUCAUAGGCCCGAGCGGUGAACAUGCUCGGGAAGAUGUGCAGUCUGCAAGGAGUCCCGGGCGGCCUGGGGAUCUCGAACUAACAACCCAAUUGUUAAAGGCUCGCGGUCGAUCUUCGAUACACUGAAAGUACUGUCUUGCUUUACAGCUUGAAGUAUCUGAAUGAAGACGUUCCUAAAAGACGGAUGAAGAAUGCGAACGAGAACGAGACAGAAGUAGAAGCAGAAAGGGAAUUGAAACCGAAGCAGAAAAUUGAACAUAUAUCGACCCGAGCUGUUCGAAAUUUAAUCGAAUUAUACUGCUGUGCGAAACGGCGCCGCCGCAACGUUUGUAGUUGGAUACUGACUAGAUCUCAGGUUGGCCGCGGACGUGACUCUUAACAAAAACGGUAAUUAAUUUAAAAUCGACUCAACCUCCCG